CCCACACACCCACAGAGUGAAAGAGAGAGAGAGAGAGAAAGAGAGAGAGGUGAACUUUUACAUUUAAACAAAGGGUGCAGUAUGCGUGUCUUAGUUCCUCACAACGACAUAUCUGCCAGACCAGCAUUUCUGAGUAUUUAUUCUCCUUUAUAAAGAUGGAUGAGUACGACAUUAUUGACAAUGCUGAAAUUGAAGAAAUUAAAAGGUCACUAGCCACUGAAGAUCUGCCAUCAGCUGUUGACAAGAUUAAGGAUUACUUGGAACAACAAGACCGUAUGGAACUGAACAUUGCUAUAACAGGAGAGUCUGGAUCUGGAAAGUCCACAUUUAUCAACGCUUUCAGGGGUUUAGGGGAUGAAGAUGAAGGCUCUGCAGAGACUGGUGUUGUAGAGACCACUACAGUGCCUACUGCUUACCCUCACCCCAAGUUCCCAAAUGUCAAAUUAUGGGAUCUUCCUGGCAUUGGAACUCCAAGAUUCAAAGCUGAUGAAUAUCUUAAACAGGUUCAAUUUGAACGUUAUGAUUUUUUCAUCAUCAUAGCAUCAGAUCGUUUCAGAGAAUGUCACGCCAAUCUGGCAGCAGAGAUACAAAAUAUGAAAAAGAAGUUUUAUUUUGUUCGUGGAAAGAUUGACAGCAACAUUGAGGCUGAAAAAAGAAAGAAGACGUUUAACGAAAAAGAGACACUGGAAAAAAUUCGAGAGAACUGCAUUAAAGGGCUGGAAGAGAUUGGUCUAAAGUCUCCAACUGUUUUCCUGAUCUCUUGCUUCGAACUCCAUCUCUAUGAUUUCAGCUGUCUUGAGGAGACCAUGGAGAGAGAACUUCCUCAACACAAGAGAGAUGUACUGAUUCUGGCCCUGCCAAACAUCACUCUGGAGAUUCACGAGAGGAAAAAGAAGGCACUGCAGAGCAGCAUAUGGAAGUUGGCUCUGCUCUCUGCUACAGUUGCAUCUGUGCCGAUACCUGUUGUAAAUGCAGCUGCAUCAAUCAGUGCAGAUGUGACCAUCUUGGUGUCAGAACUUAAAAAAUAUUACAAUGCAUUCAGUUUGGACCCAGAUUCCUUACAGAGGCUUUCUGAGAGAUCAGGAAAGUCAGUAGAUGAGCUAAAAGCUGUAAUGAAAUCUCCUCUGAAUCAAGAAAUAACUAAAGAUCUGGUGAUUAAGUUUCUGACAAGAUCAAGUCUUUUUGGUGUUGAAUCAGCAGCAGAAUACUUUCUGGGUUUAAUUCCUGGUCUGGGAUCUCUGACAGCCGGCCCACUGUCUUAUGCUACUAUUACCUUUAUACUAAAACGUUGUCUUAAUGAGCUCGCUAAAGAUGCCCAAAAUGUGCUUAUGGCUGCUUUGCAGACAGCAGUAUAAUAUAUGUAUAAAUUAAAUUGUACUGAAGUAAAUGUUAUUUAGCCAUCAUAAUCAGUUCAUGCUUAGGUUUAGUUUGUAAUUUUUAAUUCUUUCUUUUUAAAAUCAGAAUUAGGAUUAAUUAGUACUGAGUUAGCUUCUGCUAAAACAGAU